GAUUGGCUUGCAAGCGACCACAGACACAAUUCAUGCACGCAUCGCCACUUCUCCCGCUUCACACGGACCCUAGAGAGAACCUAAUCCUCGAGGCAUCUCGGACUAGGUAAAUACCGUCAUACACUUCAUUACCGUUAGUUUUGCUCUGUGGACGCUCCUCAGAGCACCAUGUCGGCAGAUCGAUCAUCUAAGAACAGCUUCCAAAUACACUGACAUCGCCACCAGGGUCUUUCCAAGGAUGGCUAACCAGGUAUUCGUGCGCAUGGCCAGCAAAAACACGUUGCUGUCCCCGACCUUGUGCUGAUAUUAUCUGCCCCGAAACGUAGGGAAGGUGGUCGGCUCGUCCUAGUAUCCUUCAUAUAUCAUGACAUUUCACAAUACAGUCCUCAUAUCCCGUAAACCGCGCAAUGUUGAGUACAUUGUUGGUACAGGAAUAGCUCGCGCAGAUGGAGGCCGAUAUGAAUGCCUCGCGCAUAUCGUCCGUCAGUUCGAAGACACUGAGGACCCUCUCUGCUGUACUAGUUGGAGCGGUGGCGGCAAACGGUAUCUGACUACUGGCCGUAAUGAACCCUUGGUCGAGGGUUAGUGACGGGUUCACUUCCAGGGCUCACCUCACGAAACCCCUCCACUACCAUACCCACCCGCCAUCAUGUGUUACGGCGAAAACAACGCCUCUCACUGCGUGCAUUUUAUCAACUCUCAGUUCAAGACACACUGGGAGAUUGCAUCUGGGUGCUCUAAUGAAUACAAUGGCUUCAAGCCAGACGUGAAGCAACACCGCUACUCCGUCUCGCUUGCCGAGUUCCAUUACGGCAGGCAUCGCCCAGAUGCGGACGAGGAGGACAUGAACGAUUUGAUGUUCUACGCCCAAUUCGACGCGCCCAACGUGAUUUUUCUCUGCAACCACCAAGCCCUUGUCACUAUUACAGUGCGCAAAGGCCAUUUUAACCAAGAUCAUCUCCGAGCUUCUGACACCGCGCUUGCUGAACGCUCUCAGAACGUGGACAUAGAGAGCCAAUCGUUUGUCUUUCGAGUACCAUUCAGAGGCGACGGUAUCGCAGGGCGGUCCACAAUCACCGGAAUCACCGGCAGCGAUCACACGAUCCCGCUGGUAGUUUUUGACUACCGAAAUGCCGAGAUCGUUCAUAUUGAGCCGGAAGUCGUGAACGGACGACAGGCCCUUGAGUUCUACCUCGGCGUGUAUACCAAGUUUCUCCAAUCCGCCGGACACCACGUCUUGUUCUCUCUGCCCAACUUCGACGAUGAACCCGAGGGUCGCAGACUCCUCAUCGACCACUCCCGAGACACCCAGAGAAAGUACGUCGAUAUGCUGGGACUGACAGAGGUCCACGACAUCGCCGUUACUCUGAUCAACCGAUACCUCUCUACCACAUGGCUGAAGGCCGCCAUGCUCGUCGGUGCGCAGAGCGAAAAGUCUCUCGACCGCUCACAAGCAUCCAUUGCGGAAUACGCCAACACAUGGACUGCGCACGAGGGAGGUGCCUUCUUCCACGUCAGGUUCGGCGCCCCAGAGGUGGCGGCCUUGUGCAAUGACGAGAUCAUCGUCUACUUUGUCAUUGACGAAGUGUUUUUCUACGACUCGGAGGAUUUCACACAAGAGCCCUUCCGAACGUUCAGCGAUUGGAGAAUUGCUGUCGUCAUGGAGUAUAAGUACGAGAAACCUGAGCCGGAAGUGACCAGCAUCAAGAUCGACGUCACAACGAGCCGAUUCGCGGGAAGCUUCUCCUCUCUCGGGGGCUUCGACUUGGAGGAAUCAGAGGAUAAGGAGGGACGCGACUGCCUCGAAUACGUCAUCGAUUUCGUCCGGCACGAGUACCUCAACAUUCUCGAGAGUGCCGAGUACCAUAUCAUCUACAAGCACGACUCACGCUGGGGCGUUGGCGGCGGCACAGACGAUCUCGAGGUCGUCGUCGAGUCCAACGAGGCCGAAUGGCACCGCUACAGUGCCGAAGACAGCAAGCUAAUCUCGAAGACCGCAGCGUGGCGUCACAUUAUCCAGAAUAGCGACGUCGGUAUCUACGACCAGGUCACUGCCCUUUCUGAGGCGUCUAUCAACAGCCACUUCCGCUCCAGCACCACUGCGGGAUCAAAGCUGUUUGAAUGGGCGUACGACUCGUACUUCAAUGUCACGUUCGAGCCACCCACUGUCAGACUCCGAGGCGAUUCUGGCGCUGUAAUCGUGUUCUUCCACCUCAAAAGUGGAACCUUGCGGCAUCUCAGGAAUCACCAGCCGUACGCAGAAGGAGAAGAAUACGAUUUUGCUGGAUGGCGGAUUGCAUUCCAAGUGUCGCUCAAGAUGGGCGACCAUGCUGCCCUCUUGGAAAAAGAAGGCGCUGAGUGGGAAUCGACCUUCAUGGACUCGUCUGUUGCCAAAGAGUACGACGGCAAGGAUGUGGAUUACAGGCACCUUUACCUCGACUUCGACAACGUCACACUCCUUCACGAGUUCUCCCGCUUCGAAGGCCUCUUUACCGGCCAGCACAAACGCUCGAUCGAGAAAGUGCAAGCGGCAGUCGUGUAUCUCCGCGACUACUACCUCAAGGACUUCGUCAACUCGGGCCACCAUGUGCUCUACACCAUCCCUGUGUUUAGGACACCCUCUGAAGAAAAUUUCUAUGGCCUCACCGGUGCCUACUUCCACGUCUACACUUCGAGGGCCUCCGCCGAGCAGGUGUCUAUCGACCAGACCCGCAUCUCGCACUCGACAAUCCUCAUAGUGGGUACCUGUGAAGGGAGAGGCACGCCUGCAAUCCCUCUUCAAUAUUGGUCAGAGUGGGUUGCGCAUUCGGGACGGUUCGCGUCGUACGGUACGGUCGGCAUCAGCAACAAGCUCUUCCUCAACAACAGGUUCCUGGAGAUCUUGUCCCGCAUCAAUGCCGCGACAACAAUCAUCCCGAGCUUCUCCGGUAUUGAGAAGGAGCAGUGGAUCCUGAAGCUCACCGGGUGGUCGAAUCACGAGGAGAGGAAGGGCAGCGCUUGUCCGUUUGGCCUCACGCAAGCCAAUGUGAGCGAAGACAUGCUGGUGUACGUAUGGCGAUGCAGCGACGUUUGGGAUUACCAACACCAUCACGGACACGGCGACCAUAACGUCAUGAGCGGGAACUUCUCUGUUGCAUCUACGACCGAGAACUAUCUCUAUAUCCCGACGGUCUUCAGACCCGGUUCCAUGGAGAUCAAGAUGAGCGGAAAAAUUACCUUGACGCUGAACGUUGCGAACGGCACGCAAUGGAGCUCAUACUCGCACGCCACCUGGUCGGCUUCGCUCGUCGUUCACUCUGAGCCCAGCGGGCUGCGCGUGGUCGCGGCCCCGAGCCAGAUCCAAAUCAAGACUGACAAGAUCGACGGCGAUACCGACUCGCCUCUGGCUAUCAAGCCCGAUCAGCUUCUAGCCGACGCCCUGCCGAAGAAUAUCAACCUGGAAGAAGCUAUAGGACAGUUCGUUCACUUCGAAAAGACGUGGCGGUCGUGCUAUCCGGGCAUGUUCGCGUACCGGCUUGCCCAUCCAGUCUUCAGUCGUCGCGGCGAUCUCCUCUUCGAGCUCUUGCCACACUCUGCUUCCACUCCGUCAGUGGUCAGCAGUGACCCCGGUGCUGCCGCUCCUCGUGUCGCACCAAAACCAAGCCUCACAAGCAAUCUCAGUCGAGUGAACCGCAGACGCAAGGCCAACGGUGCCAAUGGCGCGAACGGACAUGCCGGCGGAAAACACCAUGGAGCGAGUUCUGAGAGCGGUGGAUCUGAGAAUGUCGGAGGGUAGGGCGUGCACUCUUCCUCGACUCACCAGGGUUGUGUGUGAGGAAUAUUUUUCUUCAUUGGUGUGUCAAUACGUGCUUCUUUUUCGCGCAAUGCUUCAUCCUUCUGAGU